UUACCUAUGUACGUAUAUCGAGAUUAAUGUGCUUCCAAAAUGCCCCUCGAAGCUUGGAGCUGCUUGGAGCGUUGAAAUGUGAUUUGGAAGUGUCAGAUUACAAUUGUUUCACGUAACGCGUUUUAAUAAUCUCGAUAACGAAUCGUUGAAUACGACAUAUGAAAUACGUCUGCGCUAUACCGUGCGUUCCACUCAGUUGAGGCUUGAUCAAUCGUGCAUGCUGUCUAAAUGAUCCAGAUUGACUCGAGCAUAACCAAAUUUCGUUAAAAUGGCUGUAAAAGAGAGACAAAGCGAAAUCUCGUUCGACGAAAUAGAAUGGAACGUGGAGAAUGAGAUUCAACUUUUCUUCGCCAUGAAUGGACACAAGCCAGUCGGUAUAAACAAAUAUUUUCACAUGGUGUGUAUAUGGGAGAAAUUUCGCACCGCCAUUCACAAAGAUGUGCCGUUGAAAAUUAUUUGGGAUCAUUUGGAGUCCAUGUACGACCUUAUGGCUUUGGAUGAUAUGGAAGAUUUACCUUUUCCCAGUCACGAGAUAGACUUUUCCUUACCGGAAACAGAAUUUGUGGGAAAGCCACGGAAAAAGGAAGAGUUAGAGAUAAAAUUGAAAGACCAGAGGGAUAAGUACAAAGAAAUAAAAAAGGAAAAGGACGUUAAAGAGAGUUUUAAGAAAGAUAGCCUGUUGCGUGAUUUUAAAGGAACCAAAGACGUGGAAAAGAAAAAAGAAGAGGUCAAGAAGUAUGUGAAGGAUGUAGAUGUAAAAAAGGAUAAGUUUAAGGAUGCAAAAGAGACGAGGAAAGAACAUAAAUCUUCGAAAGGCCGUUCGAAAGGGAAGGAGGAUUCGGAAGAGAGCGCAUCUAACGGAAAGAAGGAGCGUAAGGAUUCCGAAUCUAGUCGCGAGCUGAUGAAACGGAUCCCGAAGAGGCCAACCAGACAAAGCGUGGAUAGUUCUUCCAAAGCUUCUUCCAGUCCACGCGACACGCCUCCGCCAAAACGACGAAGAAUAUAACAAUUAUUGUAAAUAUUGAUGGCAUCGUUUGUGUCCCACUAAGAGCCUUAGUUAUAAUUUAUUAUAUCAUAUACACAAUAAUUAUGACACUGUGUUCUUUCAACAAUGUGGAUGUAUAUAUAGAGAAUAAGUUGAUUUUAUAAAAUUUUUCCAUGAAUAAAUAUAUCAUUGCAUCUUUUUAAGUAA